UAACAGUCUCGAGUCCCGGACGCUUUGGGGGUCGUAGUCUAGGGACCUGGAGGGUCCUCCACGAAGCCCAUGGGCAGAUGUUCUGGGGGUAACACCUGAUACAACUUCGAGGUGCCAGUGGUGUGCCCUCCUUUCAUCUUUUCUUUUCCUGCCUGAUUGCAAGGUCCUUCCACCCACACAUUGACAAGGGAGAAACAAGGGCGUUUCCUUGCUCUCAUGGAACUUGGGCCGUAGGGACACACUCAUCUGCCAACAGUUCUCCUGUUUUUACAGCUUUUUCCAUGCAGGAGGCUUGGGCACCAAAACUUGUUUAUUGAAACCAAAACCAAACUCAUUGCCUUCUAGCGGAUUGCGACUCCUAGCUACCGUAUAGGACAGAGUAGAACUGCCCCAUAGGGUUUCCAACGCUUUACCGAAGCGGACUGCCGUUAUCUUUCUCCUGAUGAGCGGCCGGUGGGUUGAACCGCCAACCUUUUCGAUUAGCAGCCGAAUUCUUCUUAACCAUUGUACCACCAGGGCUCCUUGCCUGUUUAUUGGCAGCCAACUUUUAUUGGGAAACACCAUGGAGAUGCUUCUUCCACCCUAUGCUUCACAGUAGAAAAAGAAAUUUGAAUCUCCAGUUCAGUUUUAGAAUGGCAUCCGUUUCAGUUCUAACCGAGGAACUGGAGUCUAUAACCAACGAGCUACAUGCAGUAGACAUUCAAAUUCAAGAACUUACGGAAAGAAAACAAGAGCUUAUUCAGAAAAAAACUGUCCUAACGAAGAAAAUAAAGCAAUGUUUAGAGGAUUCUGAUGCUGGGGCAAGCAACGAUUGUGAUUCUUCCCCUGAUACUUGGAAUAAAGAAGAUUUUCCAUGGUCUGAUAGGGUUAAAGAUGUUCUGAAGAAUGUUUUUAAACUCCAGAAGUUCAGAUCGCUUCAGCUCGAAACUAUUAAUGUAACAAUGGCUGGGAAGGAGGUAUUCCUUGUUAUGCCUACAGGAGGUGGAAAGAGCUUAUGCUAUCAGUUACCAGCAUUAUGUUCAGAUGGUUUUACACUUGUGAUUUGUCCAUUGAUCUCUCUUAUGGAAGACCAAUUAAUGGUUUUAAAACAAUUAGGAGUUUCAGCUACCAUGUUAAAUGCUUCUAGUUCUAAGGAACAUGUGAAAUGGGUUCAUGCUGAAAUGGUCAAUAAAAAUUCCAAGUUAAAGCUAAUUUAUGUGACUCCAGAGAAAAUUGCAAAAAGCAAAAUGUUUAUGUCAAAACUAGAGAAAGCUUAUGAAGCAAGAAGAUUUACUCGAAUUGCUGUGGACGAAGUUCACUGCUGUAGUCAGUGGGGACAUGAUUUCAGACCUGAUUACAAGGCACUUGGUAUUUUAAAGCGGCAGUUCCCUUCCACAUCGCUAAUUGGGCUGACUGCAACUGCAACAAAUCAUGUUUUGAAGGAUGCUCAGAAAAUUUUGUGUGUUGAUAAGUGUUUUACUUUUACAGCUUCUUUUAAUCGGCCAAAUCUUUAUUAUGAGGUUCGGCAGAAGCCCUCAAACACCGAAGAUUUUAUUGAAGAUAUUGUGAAGCUCAUUAAUGGGAGAUACAAAGGGCAAUCAGGAAUCAUAUACUGUUUUUCUCAGAAAGACUCUGAGCAAGUUACUGUUAGUUUACAGAAUUUGGGAAUUCACGCAGGUGCUUACCAUGCCAAUAUGGAGCCAGAAGAUAAGACCAGGGUUCAUAGGAAAUGGUCAGCCAGUGAGAUACAGGUAGUAGUGGCAACGGUUGCAUUUGGUAUGGGAAUUGAUAAACCAGAUGUGAGGUUUGUUAUACAUCAUUCAAUCAGCAAGUCUAUGGAGAAUUAUUACCAAGAGAGUGGACGUGCAGGUCGAGAUGACGUGAAAGCAGACUGUAUUUUAUAUUACGGCUUUGGAGAUAUAUUCAGAGUAAGUUCAAUGGUGGUGAUGGAAAAUGUGGGACAACAGAAACUUUAUGAGAUGGUGUCAUACUGUCAGAACAUAAGCAAAUGUCGUCGUGUGUUGAUAGCUCAACAUUUUGAUGAAGUGUGGAACUCAGAUGCAUGUAACAAAAUGUGUGAUAACUGCUGUAAAGACAUUUCAUUUGACAGAAAGAAUGUAACAGAAUACUGCAGAGAUCUAAUCAAGAUCCUGAAGCAGGCAGAGGAGCUGAAUGAAAAGUUAACCCCGCUGAAAUUGAUCGAUUCUUGGAUGGGAAAGGGUGCAGCAAAACUGAGAGUAGCAGGUGUUGCUCCUCCCACACUUCCUCGUGAAGACCUGGAGAAAAUCAUCGCGCACUUCCUUCUACAGCAGUAUCUUAAAGAAGACUACAGUUUUACAGCUUAUGCUACCAUUUCCUAUUUGAAAAUAGGACCUAAAGCUAAUCUUCUGAACAAUGAGGCACACGUUAUUACCAUGCAAGUAAAGAAACCUACACAAAGCUGUUUCAGGGUUGAAUCACCUCAAACUUGUCAUUCUGAACAAGCUGAGAGAAAGAGGCCAGAAAAAAAAUCAGGUAACUUCCAGAAGUCUGCAAACAUGCUUCAGCAAUCCGAUUCUAAGACUACAGGAGCUAAGAAAAGGAAACUUGAUGAUGUCUGAGAUGAGUGUUACUCAGUUUUCCAAGAAAAGAACAGUUUAUGCAUGUAUACACUAUUAUUUUUGUAGUUAAUUAAAAGCUUAAGUUUUAGGACAAUUUCAAUAAUAUACAUAUGGUAGCUCUAUACUUUCAGGGCUUGUCUCUGAGUUAUUGAACAACUAUAUUUUUUGGGAAAAUUUGAGAUCAUGAAUUACCACAAUAAUUUUAUAGUAUGCAACAAGGGGAGAAAUAUAAAUUUUUUUAAAUGUAAAAUACUCAAAAGAAUAGUUCACAUACUAUCUGAAGCUCUUUAUGCCUUGAUAUGCCUAGUUUAUUUUUUCUUUUGACACAACAAUCUUUUGAUAGCAGUAUUAUUAUACUGUAAAUUUUCUGUUUUCUCACUGAAAGUGAGUGAUACAUUUAAGCGGAAUAAUGUGGAUGAUUUCAGGACAUAAAAACAGCUGUAGAAUCCAAACAAUAAAGGAAUAAUAAAAACAAUAUUAGAGAAUAAGAUAUUGCUACAAUCUGAGUAGAAUAAAACUGUAAGUUUUUAAAACCACAGCCCUAUUUUGAUAUCUCAAAAUCUUCAUCAAAGAAUGACUGUAGUCUACUACAUUUUGGCUAAGCAGAUAAGCACUGUUUGCUCCAAUUCUAAAUCACAAAUGGACAUGUCAGUUUAAAACAAAGAAAUGGGUCAUUUUAAGAUUUCUCAAUGGUCAGUUUUAUGGUACAAAAAUAUACAUACAAAUAUUUGAACUGAUUUUGUCCUUAGAAAUUAAUUUUCUUUCUAUAUUUGUUCACUAAAAUCAUUAUCACUUCUGAAUUAACUUCAUUGUACUCAUCAUUAAAUCAUUACAGUCAUUCAUUUUA